GACAGUGCAGCAAAGGGGUGCAAGUGGAUUCUGGUGCCGCUGGUGCUAGCGCAGUGCCUGCUGGAAACCUCCGGGUGGAAGACACCGUGUCAGUAGUGCAGCAAGAUGAAGCCACCAGUUUCAUCGUCGUCUCAUGCUAAUGCGUGUGCCCAAAACCAGUGCAAGGCUCCGGAUAAUCAGUGCAGCUUCACAGGCAAACCUGUUAGUGCCUGUGUGAAGGCAGUUGUCAGAGGGGAUGCCUGUCAAAAUCAGCUGAAUGGACAGGCAGACACCAGCUGUGUAGGUGGUGCAAUACAAGUUAGUGUCGCUGAAUCUCUGCAGAAUGGCAAGAUCAGCACAUGUUCUCAAAAUGGUGCUGAACGACUUAGCACAAAUGAAACUCAUGUGAAUGGCAGACUGGACGUUGGAUCAAAGGAGGAUGCAGAAGAAGCUGAUACCACAGAAGCUCAGCAGGGAAGCAAAGUGGACGUCAACUCUGAAUGUGCUACAGGAGGGCUUCCCAGGGACGAUGAUGAAGAUCUGGACAAGCAGCUUGAAGCAGCCUACAGUGGUGGCACCACAGUGGACACUAAAGAUGAUGACAACUUCGCUGCUGAAGAUUGGGAGACUGAAAUAACAACACCUUUCUAUAUAGUGCCCAAGAAACCGUACCUGUUUGGAAAGAAAGUUUUUGUUCCUUCUGACCUUCACGCCGCGACAACACGUCGAAGGUGUCCACAGUUUAAGGUCGUCGAAGGACAGUUUGAUGAUGCUGACAUGUGAAGCGUUCUGGUGGUGCACUUGGAGCUUUCCUAGGUUUGCUGCAAUCGGACUUUUAAAACAGCCAAUGCAAAGCUGUUUUGUGUCCAAGAAUUCAAAGAGAAUGGCCUGUCAAAGAGCGCACACUGGUAAAGGUUGUGCUUUUGUAUUUUAA